AUGGAAAGAAUCAUGGAUCUCAUCAAAUAUGCCACCGAGCCCGAUGGACCAGGACUUGCCAAAGUCAACGUGCAAAGCUUUCAAGGCCGCCGUUACCUCCAAGAAGUCUUUCCAGGAGCCACCCUGAGUAGAGUGCAGGAAUACAAAAUAGUUGUGGGAAUGAAACAUCUUGCCAACCCCAAUAUGCACGUCCUCAAGAUCCAUGAUCCCGUCAGUGGGGAGCUGGCGACCUACAGCCGUUGGCAAUUUCCAGCAUCAUUUGGUCCGAGUCUGGUUCCUCUAAGUGAAAAAGCAGUGUUUUUGGCCAAGGACCCCAUUCCACAUGCACCCCAACAAAUGAACAAGGGUGUUUUUAAUGCCUUCAAAAAGCUCCUAGGGAGAGUCGCAAGCGAUAUACGACAGAGAACGAUAUUAGUAAUCCUCGAUCUGCUAGCCACCCUGCCGGAAUAUCAAGGGCGAGGGUUUGGUUCUGCUGUCUUGAAAUGGGGCAUGGAAAAAGCAGAUGCCUCCCAGUCACGUAUCUUCCUUGAGGGUACGCCCGAGGGUGUCCCCGUUUACCUCAAGCACGGAUGGAAGAUAUUAGAGGAGGUAGUUAUGGAUUAUAAACAAUUUGGUGGUGUUGGGCAAGAGUCCUUUUUCCUGAUGAUGAGGGAUCCAGUUUCACAAUAG